AGUUUAAUUAAUGGUAGGUGUUUUAGUCGGUCUUCCUCUGAAAGAAAAAGUAAGAUUAUUGUGGUUUAGGAAUUACGUUUCAAAGGAAUACCGUCAAUCUUUCAAAGUUUAAGUGUAACCAUGACCAGGCAGAAAGAAAUGUGUUUGUUUGAAAGUGUGAUUGAGAUGGUAUCUGUAUGAUUGGAAUACGAGCACUUUCACAUAUGUGUGCUUGAUCGCCCACUUCCAUGAACAUGUGAGUAGUGAGUAGGGGUGGAACAAGAAAUGAAGUAUCUCAUAAGCUUUAUCAAUAACCUCCUUAUUUCUUGCUUUUGUAUUCUAUUAACCACAUUGAAAAAAUGAUUAUGAAAGUUUUACAUUAGACAUAUUCCAGUGAUAACAAGCUUAUUAUUCACCAUUAUAUAGUUCCAUACACAUCUAUCCACAUAUAGUUAUAUCUCUUUCUUAUUUGCACAUGAACACACAUACAUUUCGUAUAUGACAACAGGUUCAAUAGGAGAUUGAAUACAGCACAUGGUACAUAUAAUAAAGCUAGUCUGAAGGCUGCUCAACUUUGCGGAAUUAUUGAAUUACACAGUACAGGGCAUGUAACAGCUGUGAACAAAUAUAGACUUUCGGUCAAUUUUUGCACAGGUGCUACCUUAUCACAUCUUAGCAGAAAGCUAUUGAUUUUAUAACAUCUAUAAGGAGUGGGAACACUCCCUGAUUGUAAGUUCCAUGUGUAUGUGGUGAGGACGACUGAAUUCCACUUUACGGUACAGGAACAUGAGAGUUUACUAGGAAUCUUAAAAAAAAGAGAGGAGGCAAUAUGCCAGACAUUUUUUUAAUGGAUAUGAGCUAAAGAAGAUCUGCAUGAAAUAAAUACUGGAGAACAGAAAACAAAGAGGCUUUAUGACAUUGAAAAUCUUAAUAUUCUGUCUUGUUUUUUGCAAACCUUUGCAACUACACUGAGUGAGAACUGCAAAGUCAUGUUUGGUUUUGGAAGUUACUUUUCUACUGAAGCCACUAUAGCCAGUGCAUCAGUGGAUAGUUUCUGGAAAAUAUGCAGGACAUUUUCAGCAGAUUUUCACGAAUUCAUGAGCUUCUGUCAGUUUUGAUACCUGUUAAAAAAAAUAUUUAGAGGGACCAUUCAUGUUAUGCAAUGGAUAGAUUAUCCCACUUGGAAUUUUUUAAUGCUUUAAAUGCCUAUGUAUAUCAUGUCAAAGAUUCAGUGUCAUUAAAAAUUAGUUCUAUCUGCAUAAUUGCUCACUGAACAUUCUGCCAGAUUAAUUUUGUUUGUAUGUAUGAUUUUAUGGAAGCCAGUUUAUUAUCAGUAUUGAUUUUGUGCAUCUGGUAUGUGUAUAUAGUUUUAUUGGUGUUCAUCAUUGAGAAUCAAUCAGGUUGUGAACUUCAAGGACAGUAUGUUGUUGCUGUAAGGCACAGUUAAUUUAUCCUGAAAAUUAGAAACUACCAAAAUGUUCAGCAGGAGAAUGUGUAGACUAUGCUCAGGAGACCAUUUUUCAGGAUAUAAAUCUGGAUUGACAUUGACACCAGCUGCGCUAUUUGUCCUCUUCACAGUUUUUAUUCAAACAUUGUUUUCUGUAUGUGGGGCAACCAUUAUACAUUUGCCUCUUAAAUAUGCUGUUGGGGUGGAGAAGAGGCCUACAGGUGGAGAGGAGCUGAAACGUGCUAUGCGAAGCAUUGAUCCUGUUACCCAGCGGGUUGUUGGAAUAUCUGGUGAAGGAUACUAUUUGGAUGUCAAUGUAGGGACACCACCUCAGAAGAUGCAAGUCUUAAUAGACACUGGCAGCAGUAAUUUUGCCUUGGCAGCUAGCCCAAACCCAUACAUAUCACACUAUUUUCAUCGAGAAAACUCCUCUACAUACAGAGCCACUGGAGAAACGGUCUAUGUUCCUUACACUCAAGGUGAAUGGAAAGGAGAUCUUGGAGUUGAUGCUGUUACUCUUGAUUCUCUGCCCAAUGUGACUAUCCACCCAAAUAUUGCUUUUAUAACACAUUCUGACAGCUUCUUUAUUCCUGGGGCUGACUGGCAAGGCAUUGUUGGACUGGCCUAUCAGUCUAUUGCCAGGCCUAACAGCCUCGUUCCCUUUUGGGAUGCCCUUCAUCAUGAGGGAGAUAUUGAGGAUGUCUUCAGCAUGCAGCUGUGUGGAUCAUCUCAUUCUCACAAUCCUAACACCAGGGGAAGCAAAGAAGGCAGCAUGGUACUUGGUGGAAUUUCUGAAGAGCUGUAUUCUGGAUCUAUCUUGUACACACCCAUUGUGAAAGAGAUGUAUUACGAAGUGGUCAUCACAGAUAUCUUGGUGGGAGGCGAGUCUCUUAAAAUGGACUGUAAAGAAUACAAUUAUGACAAAACUAUUGUAGACAGCGGCACAACUCAUUUGCGCCUGCCAACCCGUGUUUUUCUUGCAGUUGUUAAUGCAAUCAAAAGGAGAAUUGACUUUGUGGAGCAUCCUUUACUGGCUGUGAUAACAGACAUAUUUUGGACAGGUGAUAGCCUGGUCUGUUGGGGCAAUUUGACAGAAGCUUUUAGCCUUUUCCCACCAGUGACUUUGUCUCUUAUAUUGGCAGGCAGCAGAGAAAAGUAUUUUAAAUUACAUCUAUCUCCUCAGUACUAUCUUCGUUAUGUGGAGGACAAUAUGAAUGGAGUAUUUGGCUUGCAUCAGACUUGUCUAAAAUUUGGCAUUUCUCCUUCUGAAUCAGGAGCUGUUCUAGGAGCUCUCCUUAUGGAGAGUUUUUAUGUUGUAUUUGACCGUAAAAAUCGUCAGAUUGGUUUUGCUGCAACCACAUGUGAUCCUCCAGACCCUAACAGCCCCUUUAUCAACAGUUCAGUUGAUGGGCCUUAUACUGAUGGAGGAAACUUGACUUCAUGCCAGUACCAGCGAGCCAUUGAGGAACACUCCACUCUGCUGAUUGUGACAUAUGUGAUGGGAGCUAUUUGUGUUGUUUGUGUUACUCCACUUGUCAUCCUUUUCAUCCAGUGGCAGAUGCAGAAGUGCAAAAAAGGACGGGAACGAAUACCUAACAAUGACAGCAGAUGACGAGCAAUGAUUGAGGUGUGUAUGUGGAGUACUUGCUUGGGAGUGGAGCGUAGAUUAUCAGCAUCCCUACAUUGAAAUAAUUUUUCAGUAAAGAUGAACACCUGUCACUUGCAAGCAUUGUUUAUUUUGGGUAUCAGUCCAUCUAUCUUGUUGGUCAAGAAUCUUGUUGCCUGCCUUAUCUCUCCAUCAAGAUGCUUGAAAGGUUAAUGAGCUAAUGUGCCAAACAUUGUUCAUUCUGUUGUUGUACAUCAAAAUAAGGAAAGAGUAAAUUGAAUUAAUAGAUACAGCAUAAAAAUAAACAGUCAUCACUGUAUGUGUCCAUUUUUUUCUACAUUCAUCCAAACAUCUUUCUUCUAAACUGAUGAUCCUAUCUGCCAAGUAAGUAAUAAUGCAAAGCUGACCACAUCUAAGGCAGCAUCUUUUAGUUCCAUUUGUCAUCUGGCUGUCUAGCUCUAAUGUUUUUCACUUGCCAUUUUUGACAUCUCUUCCAGUCCAGAAAAGUUUAACAUUUUACCAGUAAAAACAGUGCUAGUGACUUGUGAUGAUUUGUCAGCAUUUUAAUUUUUAUACUGCAGUCCAGCCUUUGCAGGUGGGGAAAGGUUAGUGCUGCUGAUUGCCAGUCACAAUUGAAGACAUAUUUAUUAUAGUCUCUUUGAUGGUUCUGUUUUUAGAUUGCCAUCUACUGUGAUAGACAAUCUUUUAGGAGCACAGUUCAUUUGAAAGUUUAGAGAAAAAAGAGAAACUCAGAAAAUUGAUGAUUAGGAAGCACAGACCUUGUAUUUUAUAGAUUGGUCUUUUUUGUGUUGGUUUUCAAAAACAUUUACUUUAUUUUCAGUUCAGGAGCAUUAAACUGUUAUGUAAAUGCUGCUGAAAUGAUCAUCAAAACUUAAAAAAAAAAACCCUUUAAAAAUAUUUUUCCAAGACUCGCUUUAUUUUGCAGGCUGGUUGAGUAUUUUCCAGGAGGGUUACUGCAGCAGUCAUCUUUCAUCGAUCAUUUUGUUGAUGUUAGGAUUUGAAAGUGAUUUAUUAACAAAAAAGUAAUGAAAUCCAUGCCAACAACUUUCAUUUCUCAGCAUUAGAACAAAAUUUAUAUUUAUAUGCUGCUUGUUUUCAUUGUUGCUAUUUAUAAUAAUUGGAAUCUUUACUGUGAUAAUCAUGGUUUUGCUUUUUAGCUUCAUUAGUUUUAUGAAUGUUCAGAAUUCUAAGAAAUUUUAGUUUGUAAAACAGCCACACAUUUCCAUUUUUGCAGAAUUAAUCAGUUAAUCAGUUUUGUUAUUCACAGGAAAAUUUUGUUUGUGGUGUUUGCUUUUUGACUUUAAAUUAAAUAUUUUGUCAUGCAUCAUGUUUUUGUAAAUGCUUUAGCAUUAAAAAGUUUUGAGCUGUAGUUUUAAAUCAUGUCGAUGAUGAUGAUGACGAUGAUGAUGUUGAUUUGUAAUGCGCAGGUAUCCAUUCAGAAGAAUGCUCAUGUCGAAUUAUAUACUUGUUCAGACUUUUCAUUUUUAUUUUGAGUUGUUAUUUUAUUUCCUAAUUUCACCAUAAUUUUAGCAAUGUAGCAAGAGUAAAUAUAAACUUGUGCAUCCAGAAUAUGUUAAGGUAACUUUUGUUAAGAUGUUUAAUUUUGAAUUCAGGACAAAAUAAGUAUUCUUGUGAAAGAGAACCCUUAUACUUGCUAUAUUUUGUUGGAAUUAUAAAACAGUUGAUUAUGUGAUCCCUUUUUUUGAGUGAUACAAGAAGGAAAGAAAAUACAUGAACUAAUGAUCCAAGUAUAAAGAAAAUAUUCAGAUUUCAAGGAACAAUUUUUUUCAGUGUAGGAGUAAUUGCUUAAUUUCUUUAAUGAUACAACUUUGAUAAAUAAGAUGCACACAAGUUUGCUGCAAUAGAAACUUGAAUAUAUAUAGAAUUAGAUAGAUUUGUAGUUGAAUGCUUGGAGAUUGAUAAAGCAAUAAGAAAGUGUGCAUUUGUUGUAUAAUUCUUUUUGUGAGAUGUAAAAUAAAGACAAAUCCUUAGUACCAGUCUAAAUUGAAUGAUUUAAAAUAUCAAGCCAAUAUGUGAUCCAAUGUCUUUAAUUAGAUAUAGUAAGGCUCUGAGAAUGAUGAAGGAUUUGCAGCAAACAUUAAUGGAUAACAUUUUGCUGAGAAAAAUGUUCUGAGUGUAAGGUUAGUUGUGAUGCUAAAAACUUACUAAUCUUUGCUUUCUAACACCAGCACAAAUAAAGUGAUCGUAGACUUUUUCUUGUGCGUAAAGAUUUAGCUUUCCUCCUGCCUAAUAUUAGUAAGGUACUACAUUUCUUUUUGUACAAACCUAAUCACACAAACUGAUACAAUUCAUAUUUCAUGCAGAAGCGUGUAAUGCCUGACAUUUCAGUUUUGCUUUGUCUGUUCCUGUCUGCAUGCAGCACAGUCAUCCCUACCUCAGAAAAUUAGCUGCUUCUUUUGCUAAAUUUCUUUCCAUUCACAGAAAGAAAGCUUAAGGAAACGAUUUUCUGCCUUACCCUUCUUUUUUUUAUUUUUUAACUGUUCACAUCUCCCUUGUUUUUUGUUGUCUACAUCUUGUUGUAUUGGAGUCCCAAACAUUUUAUAAAGUUGAUAUCAAUGAGUGCAUAUUUAUUUGAUUACACAGGUUGAGAUUGUGGACAGUGUGGAAGGUAGACAUUAUGUGUGCAAGGUGUGUUCACUCAAGCACAUAUGCUUGUAUCCAUUUAAGUGUGUGGCUAGAUGUUACAUUAAUAUGUGUGUAUGUGCUUGUUGGGGAGAGAUAGAGACUGAGUUAGAGGAGCUUACAUGUAUACAUGUGAUUGUUUUCAAUAACAUUCUUUGGAUAUUUCAGAAGGAAACUUUAUGUCAUAGGGGAUUUUGAAGCAUAAUUUCCAUUGAUUUUUGCUAAAAUUACAUAAUGGUUUCUCAUUUGUAUGACUUAUGUAAACAAAGAUAUUUAGCUUAUGUUUUUGUUAAUGAAAUAUGAAUUGUGGUCAUGAAUGCUUGUAUUGAUAUAUUAAUACAUUGCUGAUACUUCUGAUUGCUGCUCUCUUAAUGCAAUGUACACUUUAAAAUAAGGGCAUAAUUAGUAUUUCAGAAAUUCUGUAACAUUGUUUAUCCUGGGCUGUUGCAGGACAACACAUUGUUAUACCCUUGUGUUUUUAGAACAUUUGAAGCAUAAUUGUACAAAUCAUUUGUGUAAUAUUUUCUUAACAGCAAUAAUUCCCUCUUUAAUUAUUAGAGUCUGAUGGCACAACUGACAUAAUAUUGGGUUAACAUUGAAGUUACUUAGAGAGCAACAGGGUUACACACCCAAGUUUAAUAAAGCAAACUUGCUUAAAAGCCUACAAAACUACAAAACUGUUUUUUUUUAAUUUUUGAAUCACUGGGCAAACUAAGUCUUCUUGAAAUCUUACUGAAUAACCCUUUUUGCACACCUGUUCUUGUGAAACAAAUCUACAAACUUACUGUGCACAGACAGAGAUCAAAGACAUGAUGUCACUAAUAUCCAGGGAUGCACUUAAUUAACACAUGGUCCCAGUUAUCCCCUUUAGCUAUAGCCAUGACAAGGUAAAUAAAGUCAUGUACAUUCCU